AAUAGCAUAAUCGAUUUGGUUUCUGCUGAAGUUAUCGAUAUCGAAUGCUGUGCCGCUGGAGUUUACUGCGAUUCAGAAAAAUGUCCAUAAAAGCUGUGCUCAUAGAUCUUAGUGGUACUAUUCACGUGGAAGAUGAACCAACGCCUGGCGCUGUUGUGGCAUUGCAAAGGUACCUAAAGCUCAGCGGCAUAACCGUUAAAUUUGUAACAAACACCACAAAAGACUCGAAAGCGACACUCUACGAGCGGCUAGUCAAAAUUGGCUUUCAACUGGAAGUCGCGGAGAUUUACAGCUCGCUGAGCGCGGCAGUUGCAUUUGUGUCAAAUGAGAAAUUGAAUCCUUUCUAUUUGCUUACAAAUGAUGCACGCAAAGAUUUCCCCGAAGAGGACCGGAGCCGGCCUCACGAUGCGGUCGUCGUAGGCCUGGCGCCCAAUGCAUUUGAUUAUGAGCACAUGAAUAAGGCCUUCAAUGUGCUGCUGCAGAAUAAAACGCACAAGCUUGUUGCAGUGCAUCAGGGCAAGUAUUAUAAACGCGCGGAUGGGCUGGCGUUGGGACCAGGCUGCUUUGUCAAGGGCUUGGAGUACGCGACGGGCAGCACGGCGACACUUAUAGGCAAACCCAAUUCCUACUUUUUCCAAAGCGCCCUGCCUGACGGCCUUAGAGCCGAGGAAUGCGUAAUGAUUGGUGAUGAUGCAAAUGAUGAUAUUGCUGGUGCCAUGCAAGUGGGUAUGCAGGGCAUACUCGUCAAGACAGGCAAAUUCUUGCCGGAUGCUCUGGCAGCGAUCUCACCGCCACCCACGGCUGUGGUCAACAAUUUCGCGGAGGCAGUCGAUUGGAUAUUGUGCAAAAAGCAAGGUAAUUAGUUUUAUGUUCAAUUUGAAAAAAGAAAACGGACCUUGCUCAAACGUCAGCAAAAUAUUUUUUUGAGUUCAAAUAUGUAUAUAACGGUUGUUUUAUAACAGUUGAACUGAUUUCGGCGCGUUAAUAAAUUCUCUGGCAAUUUGUAUAACAGAAUACAGCAUUAUAACAGUUUUAGUUACCAACUGAAGGAUACCCUAGUUCAAAGCCUAGUUAUUCAUUUGCAAAGAUAUACUCCAGUAAUUGUAAUAAUUAAUCGCUAUUCCGGAUUUUCAAUAUUUUCGGAAAGAUUAAUUGUAAGAAACGAACCGGAAACAGGUUUACCUACAAAACUAGAGUGGGGAUUUCUAGUUAAAUUUGCUGAAUAAGUUCACUCGUUAAUUUUCUGGCCGUGAACUAAAUCGGUCAUUUAGUUCACUCGUUCAGCUAUUCAGUCGGUCAUGAACGAUGACCUCGGCUCAGCUAUUCAGUCGGUCAUGAACUAUUAGUUAGUUCAGUUAAGCAGUCAAAUCAAAAUUGAAGUUAAAUCCCUCUAUCUUUUAUGUUUAUUAAGAACUGAUCAUCUAAAAAGAAUAUAUCGUUCAGUAACGGCUGAACUGCUGAGUUGCAUACAACGUUCAUGACCGACUGAACGAGUAUCAAGAAUGUUCAUGACCGACUGAACGAGUACAGAAUAC